CGUUACAGGGGAGACGACUCUAGAGAGAAUCAUGUGAGCGCAGAAUGGAGUUCGGAAGUACAGUGCUAGACAAUUUGUCAGUUGCUGGAGAUGCUGCGCAUAUUCCAGAUAAAUGUUUUGAUCAGCUGGUAAAGAGAGCAUGCAGAGGAGUCUUAUCAGAACAAGAGAGAAAUUCCAUCGCAGAUGAUGCAGUUUUUAAAGGGGUCGACAAAGCGAUACUUAAGUCUGCAUACAGUGGAAUUGUAAGUCUGGUGCUGGAAGCAGCCAAACAAGAUGCGGAUGCAGAUGGCAUAAGUCCAGUUCUUGAAGAAUGCAAGUUCACAGCUGACAGAAUCAAGACCUUCAAUGAUAUUUUUCUUUCCCAAAAGACUGCAUUACAGAUUUUGCUUGGCAGCAUUGGUACCAGUCAUCCACACAUCGUAGAUGUUGACUGGAGGCUAGACUACUAUAUUAAGAGCAGUCAGAUGGAACGCAUCAACGAAGCAGUCUAUCUUAUCUCCUUGAAAACAGAGGUGCCAGGUGUUUCAGAACUACAGGAGGUGCAGUUUUCCUGUUCUUUAGAACAGCUUCAGGACCUGGUUGGUAAACUAAAAGAUGCUUCAAAGUGUAUGGAAAAGCUAGCACAGAUAUAACAACUUUGAUUUACGCCAACUUAUUAGAUGCAAAGUGCACUGAAGUAUUUUAUUUUAGAGUGGCCGAGGGAAGAAGAGUAAGCGUGUAAUAGAGUAUUUUGUUUGAAGAAAGGUUGAAAAUAAGUGGAAGUACUUGACCAGAAUAUACUGUUUAUGCACUUCUGGUGCUUCCUGAUUGUGAGUGUAAGGCUUUAAUAUUAAAGAUAUAGCCUACUGA